AUGCGUUUGGAUAACGCUCAUAAUCUUAGUAUUUUGGGACGUCUGAUAUUAGUAACUGUUCCAGCGCUUAUUCGAUCGUCUUCUGAGCAAAUUUCUGCUGGUCUUUAUGUGCUAUAUCUCUUUGUUAUCAGAUUUGCUGAGUUCACUAAUUUGGCUCGGCGUCGCUUAGCACUUUACACUGUUCUAAUUCGUGGUUUGUCUCAAGUAACUGGACCAUUCAUAACAGAUAGUGAACUAAAUCAGUCUAUUACACAAAAACAAAUUACAGAUGAAAUAAAACCACCCAAAAAAGUUGAGGGGGCUGCACGUGGAAAUGAAUGUAAAAUCUCAUUACGGCCUAAGGAAAGUUGGAUUGGAAGUUGGUUGUGGGUUACAUCACUUUUAUUCUUGAACAAAAAUUGGCCAAUACAAUCAGUUGCUGAUGAAGUUGGACCUUUUCUUAUCGAGUUGUUCUGUCAUUUUGGAUGGGAUCAUCAAGUGCUUGGACUAUGUGAAUGCAUAGAUUUUCUGACAUAUUUGUGUAUGAAUUCUUGUGAUUAUAAGCUUCCUCAAGUUGACGUUUCAGAGAACAGCGGUAGUGUCUACAUUGAAAUCGGUCAUUCUCAAAAGCGACUAAAAUUGAGUUCGUCAUUUGCGAAUCCCAGCAAAUCACCAACCAGCGACUUAUCAAUUGGUGUCACCGGAUCUCUGUCAAACGACGUUAUUCAGAACACGCCGACUUCUUUCGGCCAACUCGCGUUUUUUAUUUUCAAUUCAGAUAACACAAUUCAAACAAGUGAACAAAUCCAAACAUCUUUGAACAAUUCUACAGUUGUGACGUUGAAGGAAAUAUGGCCCUUAGUCAAUCGAACUAUACAGUUUAUUGUAGCCCUAAUAAGAAAUCCUGAUUAUUGUGAUAAAGUUCAAACAGCUUUUAGCGAUCCAUCAGGUUUAAGUGCUGUUUAUGGCCGAUUAGUGGAACAUAUUGUUCGGCUAAUGCUCGUUGUGGCUACUUUCUUGACGAAAGUAAAAAAAUCCGAUGAAAAAAUGACGGAUGUAGUCUCUUGUGCUGAUGAAACAUUGUCCGGUUUGCAAUCAAUUUUAGUACAGAUCUUGGAUUCAGUGCCUGGUCGAGUAUUCAUUUCCAUGAUCUUAGAUUUAUUCUCCUGUGAAAACCGUGGACUUCGUCGGAAAGCUCUCGACUUGUUAUCUGCUAAAUUGACAAGUUUAACUGCAAAUGUUCAACCAGUUCCAAUUUUAAUUGAUUUUACUAAAAUGAAUUACAAAUCUUUCCUAAAGUCGCAUAAACAUUUAGUUAGCCGAAAUUUUGUUGAUCUAAAUCGUACCAUGGAGGCUGGUUUAGUUCAAUUUACUGGGAAGCUAAUUUCAUUCUAUAAUUUGAAAAGUGGCAAGACGGAUGGUUCCCUGAGGUCAAAACAUACUAACGUUUUUGGUUCAGGAUUUUCACGCCAAUGUCUAGCUUGUUUGAGGAGUUUAACGAAAUUAUUGGCCUACCAUUAUCCAGGGGAAUUCAUGAGGGCUUUGGACAGUUUAAUGACAGUUCCUAGUAAUUGGUGGAUUAAUGUUGGUGCUAUAGAUGCUCAUCAAGCUUCAGUAAACUCAACUGAUGAACCGCUUGUGGAAAGCAAUCCGCAUGGACAUCAUUUCGGGUCAUCUCUUGCUGAGUCAAGAUCCUUAGCCUGCUUGUUUUUUGUUGAAUGUUUACAACGUUUACCACCACAGUCUUUAUAUCCGGAAGCGAGCGCAACUACAUCCCGCCUUAGUUGGUUGCUUUCUUUUGCAUUAGACCAUGGUUAUACUUGUACAUCAUUUGCUUCUUCACCAAAGUUGUCUGUAAAACAAUGUUGUUCUGUGAACUCACCAUGUAAAUCAGAUCGUUACAUGAAAUUGGUGACUGGUACUAUGCACUCAAGAGAUCAGCACUUAUUGGCUAGUUUAACGCUGGUCAGCAAUCUACUUGAGUUAGCCAUCAUUCAUCGGUUAUGUCAACAGUCUAAAGGUGAAUAUUCUUCAGACAAUACUGAAUCGGCUAUUGGAAAGUGGUUAGAAUUUGAGAGUACAACUAAGAAAAAUGCGAAUAAUUCUGCCUAUCAAGAACCUGUUGCAGUAACACUUCUAAGUUGUAAUCCGGAACGUUCUGGUUCUGUAUUUCGUCAGAUUUCAAACCUUGUUGAACACAUACAUAAACUUCUCCGUCACGUAACAGAAGUCAGUUAUUUACUCACAUCAAUUCGGAUUGUAAUUGAAAAAGCCUCUAAAACGAAUAGUAACACUUUAUUACAUGGUGCUUUAUCUUUCUUGUCUGAUUUUGGCGAAUCCAUGGCACCCAUUAAAGAGAACGGUGUGUUUGCUUCUAAAGAUGAGAAUCAGUUACAUUCUUUCGCAACAAUGCAUGCUACUCAGCCCGACCUAACAUGGCGCUUGAUCCAUACUUGUUUGUGUACAGUCGUGAAUAAACUGAAUGAAGCUGAUUUUCGAAAUACUACAGAAUUAAAAAAUAACGAUAUACUUUUAUGUCUCUACCGUUCUGUCGCUAGUUUAAUCAGUUCAUUACCAGAUGAUAAUGCUCGCCUGAGAAUUUGUCAACAGUUGUUUACAUGGGUCAAUGUUCAAGAUAAUGAAAAAGAACCAGUUGAUCAAAUCAAAGAUAUCACUGAUCAGAUGCUAUUACGUUUAUCAGUUGUAUUCAGGAUAAUGGAAAGAAUUCCAGAUUAUCUGAACACAGAAGAAUUUUCUGAACUAAGCAAACAGUUGUAUUUAGUUGAUUAUAUUGUUCUAAUAUUCAUCAUAGCUGUCGGUAAUAAAUUUAAGGGUGCUAAAAAACUGUCCAAUCGGUUAGGUUUUGGCCGAUCGCUUCAAUGCUAUUCUGAUGGAGCUACAUCUUGUGUUUUAAUUUGUAUUCGUGCUUCAUUGUCAUGCUUGCAUAAAUGGCUUAUUGGUGAGGUGGAAAACGUUGGAUGUCUGGAUGCUGCCUCAAUUGGAGAAUCAGUACAAUAUAUUCCUUCUGUUUUAAUUGGAUUACUCGAUAUAUCUUGUCCAUCUUCUGAUGCACCCCCAAUAAAUGAAACUGAUAUUCAAGAUGUAUUAGGCUCAUAUUUGAAUGCAAUAUGCGGUGAUGAAGCCUAUCUUCGUCCACUCGGUUCCGCACUGACUGAACGUAUUAUGCACUCCACGUACUGGCGUACUAGGUUGGCUGCAAUUCGAUUGUUGAAGUUUGUCUUUAAUCAUUCAAAUGAUCAUGAAAUUGACAAUGAUAAGGAUAUUAUAAUGGAUUCAAAACUUUCUGGUCCUGUCAGUUGUAUUGUAUCAGAUUCACUCUUAGCUCUAUCAGAAGCGUUAGAAGAUGACCGACCAGAAGUUGAAACUGAAGCCAAUAAACUAUUUGCUGAAUUAGAACAAAUGGGUCUGACUGCUACAAAAACGUAA